AUGGACUCAACCUACGCGGAUAGGUUUCAUGAUCUCGAUCUGCCUAUCAAGGUAGCGGCAACAGGCUUGCUGGCGACCGUGACGACCUUUCUCGCCUACAUUGUCUUCCUUUCGUAUACCCCCCACGUCGACAAGAACUCCCCCCAAUUCACUUCAAACACUGUACCGCUUGUGGGAUCAUGGAGCUUCUUCACGCAAAAAUGGGCGUUCUGGAAAGACUGCGUGGCCAAGAGCAAGACCGGACACUUCAGCUUCUGGCUGGGCAAGUAUCACGUUGUUGGCGUGUCGGGUGCAGCAGCCCGCAAAUUGUUUCUCGACAACCCUCAGUUCGACUUUGUGCGCGGGGCGACUCUGGUCGGCCAUGGCCCGGAUCUUGUGCCUCCCCUGCACGAGAUCUUCCACGUCAACUUCCAAAACGGUCGAACCUACUUCCAGCGCCGCUUGUUGGACGUGCAGAAGUCCGAGCAGCUGGAGAAACGCGUGCCGGGCGUAACAAAAGACGCGCGCAUGACCUUCGAGGCGCUGCGUCAGAGUGCUUCCAGCAUCAUGAACCCGACAGAUACAUGUUAUCGCCUGGUGGUACAGCAGGCUAGUCGCGUGGUGUGCAGCGACGAGAUCGCCGACGCCCCGGCAGUGCUCGCAAAAACCCAGAGUGUGCUAUCGCUACUGAUGCACACCAGCAGUAUUCACGCCGUGGCACUGCCAUACUUGCCCUGGCUGUCCAAGCUGAAGCGUCGUUGGGGCCGAUAUGGUCUGAGCAAGAUCGUGACACCCAUCGUGCAGCGCCGGCGGCAGAAGGAUGCGCCCCGUAAAGACGACAUGGUGCAGUACAUGCUCGACCGUGGCGACUCCCCCGAGUGGAUGGUCAACUUCUUCAUCUCGACGCUAUUCAUAUCCUCCGCCAAUGCCGGCUACCUCAGCGGUGCCAUGCUUAAUAUCCUUGCUCAUCAUCCGGACUGGCAAUCGCGCAUCUAUCGCGAGAUCGCGACCGUCGCCGAGACGCAUGCUUCGAACCGGCAUGCACUCUUGGUCGACCAGCUCGACUCUAUCCCACUCGAAGCCUGGGAGACUCAUUUCCCCUCAAUCGACCUCUGCUUUAAGGAAGCCAUCCGCAUGUGGGUCGCCUUUCCGAUGAUCCGCCUCAACAUGGCGAGCCACGCCGUCCCGAUCCCCGGUACCAAUGAGGUCGUCCCCGCGGGCAGCUUCGCCGCAUAUAACACUACCGAAGUCCACUUUAACCCCGAAUUAUACCCAGAUCCGUACAAGUACGACCCUAAUCGCUUCAGCGAGGGUCGAGAGGAGUUCAAGAAAGAGGCAUAUGGCUUUGUUGGGUGGGGUCAAGGCCGACACCCUUGUCUGGGCAUGCGGUGGGCAAGGGUUCAGCUAAAUAUCAUUCUUGCUUAUGCUCUGGCUAUGUAUGAGUGGAGUGGAUGUGACGAGAACGGGCAGCCCAGCUCCCAUUUUGACCGGAAGACGGACCUGAACGCUCCAGGGCCGAGUCUGCCCGUGGGCCUGUAUUGCAAAUAUGUGCCUCGGGAAAAGGUGUAG